CUGAACGUUCGCUGUCAAAGUCUCGAAGAUUGCCAAAUAAUCAAAGUACUAUCGGCAUUCUAGAACUAGAAGCAUGGUAAAACAUCUGAAAUAUACGAAUACUGUUAACGAAUUGGUGCAAAACUUAUGAUUCGACACGAAGAGGUAUUAUGUACAAUCCGUACAACCAAAGAUACAGGACAGAACUUGAAAGUUCCCGUGGGAAAUUAAACAGUUUAGGGCGGACUGAAUUUCAAAGUCAUCGUUUAACUCGAAAUACAAAAAGUGCUAUAUUGCCCACCCAGGAUUUACCAUAUCUCGUUGAAGAUAUGGGAAAUAUUAGUCUGAAAACUGUGACAGAAAAGUCGCCAAUAAGGAGAAAAUCUUCGUCAUCAAAUAGCGUAAGCCGCCAAGGCAAGCGUAGUGAUAAUUUUGAACAUGGAGUCGUUUCGUCAGACCCAAAGUUUGCAGGAAAAUCAUUGUACGAUCCUACUUUGAACACUAACGAUAAACUUCGACGUAAUUCUUCAGAUAGUGGGUAUAACAGUUCUGGAAAAGUUUGUGAAACUCGAACUGGAACUGGCUCGUCGAACGGUUUACAGCGGUUAAAUUUAUACGAUAACAAAUCAUGCGGUAAAAGCGAUUAUAGCCAAAUUAUUAAUAAAAACAAGCCAUAUACGAGUGAUUGUACAUCACUAUCUCCUAAUAAACCUGAACUUUGCAAGAACACUGCAGUUAGUGGAAGCAGAGAAAUCCUGCCUGGCAGAUCUAGUAGCAGAACAAGUUUAGACUUGGACAAUACGAAACCUCGUUCAUAUGUGAAUGAUAGGUCCAUAUUACCUAAAUCAGUAAGUACUCAGAACUGCCUUUAUUAUACCUCUGAUAAUGUGAUUUAUACUUAAUAUCAGUACAGUUGUUUAGAAAAAGGGACAUGUCCAUAUUCAUGUUGCCAGUGACAUUUUGGUUGGGUAGGUGGGUCAAAGUGGUAGUGUCAGCUGUGAUGUUUUUUAUGAUGGCAAGGUGAAUAUUUUCAGGAUAUCUUACCAAACAGGCCUCCCCAGGGGUUUCAGGUACUUGGGGAUACAGUAUUGUUAAAAUAGGUUUAAAUACAGGCAUCAAGUGUCCAAGAGAGUCAAUAUCAAGUAUAUUCCGGUAAUGCCGGGAACCCCCAUAGCUAUAGGCCUGACCAAAAGGUAUAGCCAUGCCUUACAUUUUCAAGGCUUGGUGGGUCGCUGGGUUUAGAUAAAAAUAUCAAAUGAAUAUGAUGUUUGUUGGACAUGGCCCCUUAAUCUGUCUUUAUCAACUAAAUUGUGCAAGUUGUGAUGGCAUGUUUUUGUCGAUGUGGCAAUUAAUCAAAACAAAAAUACAAAUGCUCUGUGUGGAAUCUCACCAAAUAGUAUUAAAACUGGAAAAUAUGCUUUGUCUUAAGUUGUAUAGGGCCCUAAGCUAGAGAGCAUGUUUAAGACAAUGUACAUUAAAAAUUAAUCUUCAAUUAUUUUCAAAAUAGAAGAUGCCUUUAUGAACAGAAUCUCUAAGAUUAGGACCACACACUAAUAACAACUCCAAUGAUGUCAGCUUAAUGGACCUAUUCUUCCCUAGACUUACCCAGCUCUAGUUUAAUUGUUGGCAUUGGGGACACUGAUUGGUGAGAUCGAGUAAAACAAUAAAAUGGGAAAUUGCAUGGUUAGCUUAAUUACAUUGUUGGCUGAUAGGUUGCAUAAGGGCCCACAAUUGUCACUAGUUAAUAAAUAGAUCAAUUUACUGACAUACAUUGCCAGAGAGUUUGGUUAAUAAGAACAAAUUGUAAUGUCAACAAAGUAGAGUGUGUAAGGGCAUAUAAAAUAUACAACUUACUGUUAACCGAUUUUAAACUGCAGGUGCCAUUGUCAAAAUGUUGGAAGUGUGGAUGUUGUCAACUAUUAUUAAUUGUCUAAAGAGGCAGGUUGUAACUGCAAAUAAUGCCUGUUUCAUACGACGCACUAUCCGUAUCGUCAAAUUUAAUUCAGACAAUAUAUUUAAUUCAUAUGACGUCUGUUUCUGUCUUUCUGAAAUGAAUUUGUCUGAAUUAAAUUCAUCGUUUGAAACGAAACCAUUUUAAUGUCGACCAAUUGACAAAUUUAAUAAUGAAUUAAAUUUGUCUGAAUUAAAUUCGACGUAUGAAACAUGCCUAAUAAAUCUUUUACAUUUUAUUUUAGCCAAUGAGUGCAUCAGAGGGCCUUGUUGGGCUGCAGAAUUUAGGAAAUACGGUAAGUUGUCGCUAAAGUCAAGUGGGAGAGCUCCAAAGACCAAAGGGCUUCUCUCCACUUCUUCUCCUUGGAAUAUUCGAGCUUUUUAAAAAUGCUAGACCCCAUUUGACUUUUUCAUGAAUUGGUCACAUCACCCCAUUUCCCCUAAAAUGAGCAGCUAUGUCAAAAUGAAUUACAGAAAUGAAAAGAACAUCUUAGUAUUUACUUAGUAUGGAGGAAAUGGCAGUAAAUUUAAGAUUGGAAAUUUUCUUAAGAUUUUUAUGGAAAAAUGCUCUGUUUUGCCAUCCAGUGCCAGAUUACUCACCAAGGGGGAAAUGCUGCCAUUGAAUAAGUUAAUAAUUGAAGCUAGCUGAUAACAAUUUGCAGGAAAUUUAGGUUUCUAUAAGUAUAAACUGAACUAUUCUAUUUGUGUUUUAGUGUUUUAUGAAUUCAAUUUUACAAUGUCUUAGCCACUGUUGGCCUCUAAGAGACAGAAUGUUAUCUGGUGAUUCUCUUCAAUAUAAUAGACAAAGUAAAAUGAAAGGAAAGCUAAGUAUUGGUAAGUAUAUUGGUGUUUGUAUAGGCUACUUUAUUUCUUUUAAAAGAUGUGCCAGCUGAUCACCAUUUAGUUUUGUUAAACAUUUUUAUUAAAUUCCACACUUUAGUUCAGUUUAUUUCAUUUCAUUUAUAGCCUUUGCAGAUUUAAUUAAAGCCAUGUGGUCGAAAAACAGGACGAACACUGCAGUAUCUCCACACAGUUUCAAAAUGCAGAUUCAGAGGUUUUCUCCUCGAUUUGUGGGUUAUGAGUAAGUUUGAAAAUCAAAAUGUUGAUUGUUCAUUGUUCUUAAUUGGAAUCGUCAUUUUCACAGCUGUAAAAAUAUCAAAAGAACCAUUGAAAAAGAGAAAGCGGCUUUUUGUUACACUUUACUGAUGAAGAUUCAAAUUGUGAUAUCUAAAAAACAAUUUACUGAAAACUGUACACAUAUUUUUUUGUUUUUAUGGAAUACCCAUAUUUCUGUUUAGUCGGCCGGCAGAAGUUUUGGUAAACGUCCACCAAACGUAUUUGUUGUUAAAUUAAUCAGUAUUUUUCUGGCUUUCUUCACUGAAAAUUUGAUAAAUUAAAUUAAACUAUGUACCUAAGAUUCGUUGUGCAAUGUCCAAUCUACCAGAACACAUGUCUAUCAUGUGAUGUAGCAUUAAAUAUUCUAUUGUAGCUUACAUUCAACUUAACUAUCUACAGUAGUCAAACUUUUGCCUUGUUAUUUGUAGUUAUUUCAAUUCUUUAAUAUCAUCCAUUACAAUCUUCUAUGUAUUGGGUUUAUUUGUGUACUUACAGCACUUUACUACUUUACGCAAAAUUUGCUGAGCUAUGUUUUUGUGCAGGCAACAGGAUUCGCAAGAAUUUCUGCGGUUUCUCCUGGAAGGACUAAAUGAAGAUCUCAAUCUGGUUGUGAACACUGCCAGAAGAUCAAGUCGAUUAUCUCCUGAUUUAAAUAAACUGAGGUAGGGAAUCGGGGUAUAAAACACAUGCAAUGUUGAAAAUGCCUGGCAGCAGUAUACUGACAAUUGACAUGAAUUUUUUUGGAAAAAGCCAUUGUAACAAUUUUUCAAUAUUUAUUUAGAAUAGGGCUGGUAAUGGAAUACCAUUAGCUAAAAAUGCCAACGCAAAAAAAGAUUAUAUACUUCACUCUCAAAUUAAGAUUUGACUAUAAUCUGUAUAAUAUUUUUUCUCAUUUUUUGCAGCGAAAAGGAGUUGUCAGAUCACAUGUGGAAGCAGUACAAGUCAAGAGACAAUAGUUUAAUAACUGGUAAGGAAUUUCUUUGAUUUGUGCAUACUAAUAUUUCUUUGAUUUGUGCAUAUGAUCACAUGAAGGUCAUUUUAUUUAUUGGAUAAUUGGCGGUCAUCACUGUAUUGUUGAAUCAAGUUUGUUUUGUUAUUAAAAUAAUAUAUACAGUUCGCUCCGCGCGUUCAUAAACAAAUCAAUUAAUUCGACCAAACUGGUACAUGAUAUACUUUAUAUUUCUCAGCUUAUUGGCCCGAUCACAGUUACCUAUCUUUGCUUGUCAUAGAUGUAUGUCCCUUAUGGUAAAAUUUGUUAUUUGCUUUGCUAUAAACCGCCGAAAUUAUUCCAGAUAAAGACAGUGGCGGACAUUUCGCGAAAUAUUGGGGGACAAAUUUAAUAGAUUGCCAAUAUAUGACUACCUUUUGUAGCUGCUUAGUUAUUUAUUAAACUUUUUACCUUAAAUAUCACGCAAUAUAUAGCCUGAUUUUAGCCUAUCAAUGUUGUCAUGGUUGAAAAAUUAUUGUUACAGAUUUUUACACAGUUGUUCAGCUAUCACUAAAAAGCUUUCAGAACCUUGGGGGGGGGGAGGGCUAUGUUUAUACGUGACCAGACGAAUUUGGCACGGUAUAGGGCAUUCGUCCACUCUCAUCGGUUCACAUCAGGCCAAAAAAAAAUAUGUGGGUUUCCGGUUUCUUCUUAUAAAAACUUAGGUAGGGUAGGUCGGUUUUAACUUUUUUUUUAACUUUUUUUUAUUUUUUCGAAUAAGCGGACGCCAUUUUGUUUAGUCAGUGCUUCCACAUCCAAAGAUAAAUUUCCCUAAUAUUGCCUCAAAUUUCAAUUUUCCACAAACUUUUUCCUCUAAGUGGAAACACUUACAAGCAUGAUCCAAUAAAAAAGUUUAGGGUCGGGAUUUCGACGUCCAAAAGCUAGGUAGGGUCGGGAAACCGGAAACCCACAUAUUUUUUUUUUGGCCUCAGGGUUCACAUGGGAAUUAUUACGGUUAGCUGGGUUCGUAUUCGUCCAGUUUCAUGCGUUUCGUGUGAAUGCGUCGGUGAGAGUCGUGCAAAUGCGAGUUCCGAAUCCGUCCAAUCCCGUGUCAAUUUUCACCUACUUUGUCCUUGAUGUAUCUGAAUGCAUAGUUUUAAUUCUUUGAAACAAAAUAUGCACACAAAGCACGCACGCGUGAGCACAAUGGACUUGAGCAGGGCUUGAAAUAACAGCCGGAUCGGCAAGAAAUUGUUUAUGAUCGGCGGAGAAGCAAAAUUACCAAUCACCGUUGACCAUUGUCACAAAAACAUGCUUACCUGUGCAGUUAAUUAAAAGACAAAUAAAUCACACUCAAAACCACGCGAAAAGCUCUUGUUCAGUUGAUACGACAGGAAAGGGUAGGGGUACUUUUCUAGUUUUCUCGCUGUCAUUUAGUAUAAAACAAAUUUGCAUGAAGUACUUUAAAUCUCUUCAACAGUCAACCAAUUUUGGAUUAAUUUUCAGUUCUUAAUUGAUAAAUACUGCUGUUUUGCUACGAAUAGCCAUGACAAAAUGAAAUACUGAUAAUUGAAAUUUGAAAAGUGUUAUAAUAAAGUUAUUGCUUGGGGUUGUUGUUCUUAUUAUUAUUAGCAAACUCAGGAAAACGCUCCUGAUUGGCCAGAUUUUCAUUAGUGAUCGGCAGAAAGUCGUGACUGCCGAUCACCAUGAUCGGGAACUUUGGGAACGUCAUUUCAAGCCCUGCUUGAGUAUCAUUUUAAAGAAUUCACUGCUUAUCCUUUCAGAUUUAUUUUGUGGCCAAAUAAUGAGUACGCUGACUUGCACCAAGUGCAAUCAUCGAUCUGUGACGUAUGAUCCAUUCUGGGAUCUUUCUUUGUCAAUACCAAGGGUUUGUAUUUUCUUUGCUGUGUUUGAUAUAUCUUGACCUGUUUCAAACGUCGAACUUUUCAUGUGCCGAACCUAAUGCUUUAAGUAAAACGUGUUCACAAGCUCGUUGCAAACGUUUGCAUUUAGUUUGCGAGUUGAAUCCAGCGAGCUCUAUAUACACGUAUAUAUAUAUCUGGAGCAAGAACUUCAAUCAUGAAGGUCGUAAACAGUUUUAAUACCUAACCAUUUUCCCCUGUUAUCAGUUUAUCAGUUCAUAAAACUGUAGUAUUAUUUUUUAAAUCGAUGUCCAAAUAGAAAAUUUCGGCACACUCCUCGCAGACAAAAACAAUAGAAGGGACUGAAACUGACAUCCAAUAACUCCAUAGUUUCAUUUCUUGGAUUCGAGUUCUCGCUCCAGAUAUAGGUACAGUGUAUAGAGCUCAGUGGUUGAAUACAGUGAGAACAAUAUAUAUUAUAUACCAUAUUUACUCGUUUGAGCGCCGCGGCGCUCUGUAAAUUUUCAGAUAUGCGACGCUUAUUCGGGGGCGGCGCUCAAUCGGGAGCGGCGCUCUUUAAAAAGAACUUUUAACAAUAAAAUAAACAAAUUUUAAAUGUCUUUGUCCUAAAUGUUCCCAUUUUGACGGGCGGAAAGUUUUUACACUGUUUAGUGAGGCGCUCAUUCGGGGGCGGCGCUCUUUAAAAAAAUGUGAUCUCAAAUGCGGCGCUCAUUCGGGGGCGGCGCUCAAUCCGGGGAGGCGCUCAAACGAGUAAAUACGGGAACCGCACCAGUUGUUUGAAAGGUGAUUGGCGUAAACCUACAGUAGGAUUUAACCUACGAGAGAAUAAUAUAAAAUUUUUAAGCAUUUAUUUUGAGGGCGUGUGUGUGAACUUUUAAAUCCUUAUUGCGACAAAACUAUCUUCUAUGAAUUAAUUUGAUCGAAGUUUUGAAAUAGAGAACCAUGCGGAAAUACACAAAAACAAAACAGUGCAUUAUAACUUAAACAAAUCUUGGCAUUGUGAUUGGUCAGCGAAAAAAUUCGCCGCGAAACGAAAAAAAGUUCGCCGCGUUUACUGUUCGCGCGACGUUCUUGACAACACGGACGCCGACCGAAAGUCAAUCGAACCGUUAUAGAUGGCGAAUGAUGGCAACAGCCGUUCUUGUUUGAAAUCACGAACGUGAAAAUGCAUCGACUGCCGUUCAUAAUUCCAAGCAAGAACUUCUGACGUUAUUACUCUCCAUCUAUAACGGUUACUGUCAAUGCAAUGGAAGUGUUGAUAAAAUAUUGUACCAAUUCCUUUCCUCAAGUUGAUCAAUUCAUUUGAUAGAAAAUUGAUCAACUUCCUGUUACUUUUAGAUGAGCCAUUUAGAUUUCGUUUCAGAACCGAUUGACCAAUUGGAAACGCACAGGAAGUAAAAAGAAAUUUGAAUUCGUAUGAAUUGAUCAACUUGAGGAAAUGAAUUCAUGCAAUAUUUUAUCAACACUUCCAUUGCAUCGACAGUAAGCUUUAUUGUAUUGUGUUAUACUUGGUCUGAAAAAAGAAUCUUCUAUUUUCAGAAUCCAUACUCCUCCUAUUCGAGCAGCAGAUUUACGGGUUCUUCUGUGACAUUAUCGGAAUGUUUAAAGCUCUUCACGCAAGAAGAAGAUCUGGACGGAGAUGAAAAACCUGUGAGUAAUAAAUUCAUGAACCGUACAAAUCAUAUGCAGGAGUGACGUGACCUUCCUUAAAAUAAUGCUCUGCUUAAUAAUCUAAUCCAUGUCGAGUAAAAUCUAGUUUGUUUAUUACCGAUAAUUAAAUUGUCGUUUGUUUUCUAGAAAUGUGAGAAAUGCAAGACGCGACAGAAAUGUCAAAAACAAAUUAAGAUUCAUCGGUUUCCUAGAAUAUUAGUUAUUCGUAUCCUUUGUUGAACUAUAAUUUUUCAACUUAACCCACGGUAAACCUAAUCGUAUUCUGACUGGUAGUAAUAAUGGUAUUGUUGUGGGAGGAAUAGUGCCAAUCCCAAGAUAAGCUUAUUUGUUUCCACAUUGUAUUGUCAUAUCAGUACAUCUAUAUUUAUUUUCUAAAAAAAUUGUCUCCAAUGGUUGUUUUCCAUUACUCGUCCCAUGCGGGUCGAGCGAAUGGGAAACGGUUUGAAUUGGCUUACAGAGUUGCAGUGGCAGUUGUAAAUGACUGAAUAGUAAAAUCAUACAAUGAAUUCAUAAUCGUGGAAAUACUUAACUCAGUCUGUUCAGAUUUAAAACGAUUUUCUGGAUUUGGAUUCCGAUCAAAACUCCAAACUGACGUGGAUUUCCCGUUGAAUCACUUGGAUAUGUCUAAUUUUGCUUCGAAGUAUUCACACGAAUUCUCUAGUAAAGGUAACGGGAACUCUAGCAAAAGGGUAACGACAAUUACGAGAGUGUAAACUCAGUAUAACUUCUUCUUGUCACAAGGAAAAAGUGAUAAAAUUCCUGAGCUUUUUUCUUUAGCCGUUUCCUUGUAGUAAAUGCUUGUCUUUUCUCUUAUUUACACCUAUAAUUUUGGAAGACGUUUUUCCUGCCAUUUCCGUAGACUUGUGCAUGCGCUUGACGUUUGAUCGCGGUGUUUUUUCCACCUCCAUAGGCGCAACCUCGUUCCCAGGCUAUUCCCAUCGCCGUUGUGUUAACAAAGUUUAAUUCCGCAUCCAUUCAGUACCAUGCAUAUCUUGCACAGUGAACUCCAUAGAUAUCUGGAGCGAUAACUCGAGUCCAAAAAGUGGAGCCAGCUUCGUGAUAAGGUUACAGAACACCUUUGAGUGUUAAUUUUGCCUAAAAAUUUUUUUAUUGGUUUCCAUGAAAGCAUUAGACUAGUUCUACUAUCUGACCAAGUUUGAACGAAAAAUGUUGAAAACUCGCAAAGUUAUUUAAUUAAAUACAUUUCGCUGCAAUAAGAAAAACAUUGAAAAUGUAAUAUUCAAAUUCAAUUUUCUCCCGAAAAAUUUUACGGUAAUUACUGAUUUUCAAACGAGUUGUGCUCCUGCGGGUUUUAACCAAUUUUUCUCAAAUUUUCACAGGACAUAGCUAACGACGUCAGUUUCAAAAUUGUGUUCGGCUUUGUUCUAAUUUUGUAUAUUUUAAUAAUAAAGAGCAAUUCACUCAAACAAUUCAGAAAUAUAUUGCAGUCGUCAAAGAAAUCGCCAUAUCAGCGGAAUGACGAAAUAAACAAAAAUUUCCGAACACAAUUUUUUAGAACUAUUUUACUGUAUAAAAAUGAUAUUUUCAUAAAUAUAACUUAAAACCAGCAGGAGCACAACUCAAAAGCGUAACGGUACCGCGAUUUAAGAUUUUCUUGAAUAAUUCUUACAUUAUUUUAUUGUUUGUUAAUUUUACAACUUUACCAUAUUUUGCAUGCACUGGCGAACAUUUGGUGAAAAUUUGAUUAAAAUCGGACUGAUAUUGAGCGCGCAGUAGCAGUUUUCCGCAAAACGCCAAAAAGGGUGUCCUGUAACCUUAACCGCGCAGACCAAAACAAUAGAAAGAACUGGAACUGACGUCCUAUAUACCUCCUCAAUUUCUGCCAUCUUGGCAAGGAGUGUGCCGAAAUUUCUUAUUUUGACUUCGAUUUCAAGAAACUUGAAAGAAUUAGAAAGAAUUGCAUUUAUGGGAAAAAUGGCAUAAAAAACUGUUUACGACCUUCAGAGCUAUUGGACGUCAAUGGCCGCCAUCUUGGCUUCAUUUUUCUGACAGGCCGAAUGACGGAAGUUCUUGCUCCAGAAUAGAUAUAUAUAUAUAGAUAUAUAUAGAGAGAGCUCACUGCUCUUGCCUAGUUUGCUUUGGUUUCUCUUCAAAUAGUUUAGUGUACGUGUAUCUUACUAGAUUCUUCCUGUGUCAAGUAUAAUUUGUUUGCUGUGUCGAAUCAUAGUGGUAGUGCAUUUGGUGGUCAUUACACAGCAUAUUGUAAACAUCCUGAGUCUAAGGAAUGGCAUAGUUUUAAUGAUUCCAGGUAUGUGAUACGCGUUUCGAAAGCCCCGGUCAAACGAGAGAAUUGGUUAGAGUUAUUAAGCGAGUGUUUGCAUGACAGGGUUUCCUCAACUCUCCGGUCAAACGAGAACAGGGGUUGCUCAGAGUUGAUGAGAGCUUUCUCUACGCGCGCGGUAAUAUCCAGUCAACUCUCAUCAACUUUUACCUCAAAGUUGGUGAGAGUCGAUGAGAGUUAGCGGUGAAACGCGAGCGAGAGUAGCAACUCUCAUACGUUCGACCGGGGCUUAACUUUACAUCCAUAGUGCUAUUACCGUAACUCUAGCUCAGACGCACUCUUAUGACCCCAUGGCCGCCAAAGAACGUUAUUAAUAGAUUAAAGAACCAUGUUGUUCUUCGGAAAAUGUGGUGUGUACAUUUUCACUGAACUCUAUAUAGUGUUUUCAACGAUGUUCAUUGCUCACACUCACAGCCCAGUUAUAAUUGUAGUCCAUGUAGACAGUGGCGGAAAUCCACUUUUUCCGGGGGGGGGCAAAGCCUCCCAAAUUUCCGACGAACCCCCCUAUUUGCACUGGAAAAGGCCGUUUUUAGCCUUAUUUAGAUCAAAAUUUCCGAAAAUUCAUCAAUUUUCCGUGAAGGUGGGGGGAGGGGCGGUCGCCCCCCGCCCCACCGAGAUUUCCGCCAUUGCAUGUAGAAACAAACAUUUCUAUUAUUAUUUUCCAUUCCUGUAGAGUGGGUGCGUUAUCUAGUUCCAGUGUCCGUGGUUCACAGGCGUAUGUUCUCUUUUAUGAAAGAGAUGAAAGAGAUGAAAGUUAGGUGUAGUUGAUCUACACUCUGUGACGGUGUAUGUUUGGAUAUACAUUUUAUUGUAAUAUAAAUUUUAAUAUCAGUUUUAAGUAAGUAAUCAAUUCUUAUCUAAAAAUAAUUAACCAAGUUUGUAAGUGUGUAACAUAAUUUAUUAUAACUGCAUAUAAUAACGCCGUAGUGUAUAGAUCGACCUGAGGUCAUUAAAUUAAUACUUGCAUGUAUAAAUUACCAUUCCUAUAUAUAGGAAUCUAGAUGUCACAAUAUACUUAAUAUUUAAAUUCAAGACAAUCAUGAAACUUUGAUAUUUAUGAACGUCCUUUCGAUAGUAUUUAUUUUAUUACUACGACAGGAUUUAAUUAAAUGUGUAGAAAAAUGUGACUGUUGUGUAUUUCUGAAAUACUCCCUUGAAAAAGUAUAGAGCGUUUGCACAUGACGUCACAGCCGCCAUGUUGGUGUCCAAUUCAAAAGAAUUUUAAUUAGACUCUUUUGUCUGGAACACCAACCAUGGCCUAUCGAAGGGGAGAUGGCUGUGAAACUCAUUAGAAUAACAAUAUAACUCAUUAUCUGUGUUAGUCAACGUGUAUUCAUAUAAAUAUGGUCCACCGUCACGUGUCUAUUGUAUUUCUGCCAAAUCCACCAAUAGCAAUUUCCAGUUUCCCUAUUGUUCGAGUCACGGAUAGGUGACUUUCCUAAAACAUUGCUAUUGGUUAGUUGGGUAAAAAUACAAUACUCACGUGACAGUGAAGGACCAGAUUUAUGAAUAAACGUUGACCAACAUAGAAUACGAGUUAUAUUGUUGUUCUAAUUGAGUUUCACAGCCAUCUCCCCUUCGAUAGGCCAUGGACCAACAUAUGGCCGCCAUGGCUUUUGUUGAGUUGGUCCCUGGGGAAUGAGUGCAAACGCUCUAUUAUUAUUAUUACUGCAUGGAGCCCAGUUAAAAAUACGUUUUGCAAUAAUGUACAGUAGUCCACAUAAAAAUAUUAAACAUUUAUAAUAACUUUGCUUAUAUAUUUUUCGAGGGUUCUUUUUAAUUGUGUACGCAAUAAGAAACUUAUUUCCCAGCAGCUCAUGCACAGUGAUUGCCCACACUCCAACUGUAUAUGAAUUGUAACUUAAAAACCAAUGUCCUAUAACCGUGGUCCUAUACGCCUAUAAUGUAAACCACCCGGUAUUACAAAGUUAGCUGUCAUGGUUUGUGUUUGAACUACCUGAAAGAAUGACAAAAAAGGAAAACGAUUUUAAAAUCAUUUUCAGGUUCAGACACGGAACAACAUUUACUGCAGAACACUACACUCAUGAAUUCAAUCGAUUCGACACUUUAGAAUAAAAUAAAAAUAGCAAAACAUGGAAAUUUCCUGGGUCUCGGAACUUUACAGACUUAUUUGUUCUGCGUUCAUAUCAGACCGAAAUCCGUCAGGCGAGUUUCCCCUGUCGUCUUAGACGGAAAUGCGUCUUUUAAUAUGAAUUCAGCUAUUUUUAUAACAUAUUAACCGACAACAUCGUUUUCAUAAGUUGGCAUAAUUUAUUUACAACUAUUGUAUAGAGGAGCAUUUUGAUUAAACGCCACUCAAGAUAGCAAUGACAGUACUUGAUCAGGAGUUCGUACUACGAUUGAUUUCGGAUCUGUAUAUUUAUUAAACGGAUUCAACACAGCAUCGUAUAUUUUUCUGUACGCAACACACACCAGAUCACUGGAACGUUUAUUCACGGUAUCCCUACAGUAGAUAAAAUUAUUUGUGACC